AUGUCUGGCCAACAAGGCUCGGUGCGGAAACGGAAAGAUGUUACUGCUAUACCAAAAGCAAAGGAUGCCUUCUCGACUGGCAUAGCUGCCCCUCGAGAUGCCGAGCUUGAUGCUCUGGUGAAGGCUAAGCUCGAGAUCAAGGGACCAGGUGCUGAGUGGGAUUAUCGGAUUGCAAUCACAAUUAUCACAAUUCUGGCCUUCAUAACCAGAUUUUGGGGCAUCAGCCAUCCAAAUGAGGUCGUAUUUGACGAGGUCCAUUUUGGCAAGUUUGCCUCUUACUAUCUCGAGCGAACGUACUUCUUCGAUGUUCAUCCUCCCCUCGGAAAGCUACUUUUUGCCCUUAUGGGUUGGUUUGUUGGAUAUGACGGACAUUUCCACUUUGAAAACAUUGGCGAUUCAUAUAUCGAUAACAAGGUCCCAUACGUAGCAUUCCGUGCUAUGCCUGCCUUUCUCGGAGCUCUUACGGUUCCCGUGGUAUUUGACAUAAUGUGGGAAUCUGGCUACACUCUGCCAGCUUGUAUUCUCUCAGCAGGCUUGGUUCUCUUUGAUAACGCCCACAUUGGACAGACCAGACUGAUCCUUCUCGAUGCCGGACUUAUCUUCGCAAUGGCCUGCAGUUUGUUGUGCUACGUCAAAUUCUAUAAGCUUAGACAUGAGCCGUUCGGUCGAAAGUGGUGGAAAUGGCUCCUCCUCACUGGCUUUUCUCUCAGCUGCAUCAUGUCGAUCAAGUACAUUGGUACAUUUUCCUUCGUCACUAUCGGAGCGGCGGUUGCGAUUGAUCUUUGGGAUCUGUUGGACUCGAAGCGCCGCCAGGGUGCUCUGACCCUACCCGAGUUCGGAAAGCAUUUCGUUGCCCGAGCAUUUGCUCUGAUCAUCGCGCCGUUCUUCUUCUACCUUUUCUGGUUCCAGGUUCAUUUUGCGAUUCUCAGCCGAUCAGGUCCUGGAGAUGAUUUCAUGUCCCCCGAAUUCCAGGAGACACUGAGCGACAACGUGAUGCUUGCCAAUGCUGUUACUAUCAACUACUAUGACAACAUUCAGAUCAAGCACAAGGAGACAUCUAGCUUCCUCCACAGUCACCCAGACAAGUAUCCUCUUAGAUACGACGAUGGCAGAGUCUCCAGUCAAGGUCAGCAAGUCACUGGAUAUCCAUUUGCUGAUGCCAACAACCACUGGCAAAUCCUCCCACUUAACAGCAAUGAGGUUUUGGGACAGCCAGUGAAGAACAACGAGCUUGUCAGACUCCGACAUGUUGUUACCAACACCAUGCUCCUGUCUCACGAUGUUGCAUCUCCAUACUACCCAACCAACCAGGAAUUCACUACCGUCCCAAUGGAGGAGGCUGUGACUGAGCGUUAUAACGACACCCUUUUCGAGAUCCGCAUCGAGAAUGGCAAGUCAAAUCAAGAGUUCAAGAGUCUUUCUGGUCAAUUCAAGCUUAUCCACAACCCAAGCAAAGUUGCCAUGUGGACUCACACUACUCCUCUUCCAGACUGGGCAUACAAGCAGCAAGAGAUCAACGGCAACAAGAACCUUGCCCAGAGCUCCAACGUUUGGUAUGUCGACUCGAUCCCAUCCAUCCCGGCCGACAGCGAGCGUUUGAUCAAGAAGGAGCGUAAAGUCAAGAGUGUUCCAUUCCUCAAGAAGUGGUUCGAACUCCAGAGAGCUAUGUUCUAUCAUAACAAUGCCUUGACCAGCAGUCAUCCCUAUGCCAGCGAGCCAUUCAUGUGGCCAUUCUUGUUGCGUGGUGUCAGUUUCUGGACUCACAACGAUACCCGUCAGCAAAUCUAUUUCCUUGGAAACCCUCUUGGAUGGUGGUUGGCUAGCAGUCUUUUGGCUGUCUAUGUUGGCAUUAUCGCCGCUGAUCAGUUGUCUCUGCGCCGUGGAGUCGAUGCGCUUGAUACCCGCACCCGAUCUCGUCUUUACAACUCUACUGGUUUCUUUUUCAUUGCAUGGGCCACUCAUUACCUUCCUUUCUACGUCAUGGGUCGUCAAUUGUUCCUUCACCACUAUCUUCCAGCACAUCUCGCAUCAGCAUUGGUCACCGGAGCACUACUCGAGUUCAUCUUCAACGUCGAGCCAGUCAUCGACGAUGUUCCCGCCAACAAGAAGAUUGGCGCACCCGUCAAGAAGCACCUCCCAGCUCGUGAGAAGCUCGUCGGACAGAACCUCAUGGCAUCAUGGGCCGCAGUCGUUGUCAUCCUCACAAUCGUUAUUGGAGGAUGGUACUAUUUCCUACCUCUGACCUACGGGUUCCCAGGUCUUGAUGUUGCUCAAGUCAACGCCAGAAAGUGGCUAGGCUACGAUCUUCACUUUGCGAAAUAG